UUUUUGUGUUCCUUUUUGUACUCCCCCAGUAUCCCACAAUUCUUCAGUGUUCCUUCUGUGGGUUUUUUUUGCGCUGUCUGGAGCUGCUGCGGCAGAAUGAUUGCAUCUAGAGCACUUAGUCUUGUGGGCAGGAGAGCCAUUUCUGCCUCCGUUUGCUUGCGUGGUCAUGGGGUUGCAAAAGUGGAGGACUAUGCGCUUCCAGCUUACUUUGAUCGCCGUGAGUCUCCACUGCCUGAUGCAACUUUUGUGAAGCACCUGAGUUCUGAGCAGUUGGCUCUGAAGGAAAAGGAGAAGGGAUCAUGGGCCCAGAUGACAGAGGAAGAGAAACUUGCUCUGUACCGCAUCAGCUUCAACAAAAGCUUUGCUGAAAUGAACAAGGGAACACAAGAAUGGAAAUCAGUUGUUGCUGGAGUGUUCUUUUUCAUUGGGUUGACUGGUUUUGUGGUCAUGUGGCAGAGAAAAUUUGUGUAUGGUGAUGUGCCACCAACAUUUACUGAAGAAUGGAUAGCUGCCCAGACCCAGAGAAUGCUGGACAUGAGGAUGAACCCAGUGGAAGGCUUCUCAAACAAAUGGGACUACGAAAAUAAACAGUGGAAGAAAUGAACCAACUUCCAGACCACUUAACAACAUACACACAACUUGCUUGAAUUUUAAUUCCAUACAUUUUCUUGUUGCAAUGUUACCUCAGUAGAUACAUUCUGGAAGUACACUUCCUCUUAAGGUUAUUCUGUAAAUGUUGAAUAUAAUAAAACUCAUGUGUUUUACUCA